AUGAAAACCAAUUGUACCGAUGAGGGAAGAUCAUACUCACCGCAGGCAGCUAAAUAUUUUGAGUCCACCAAUCAGCUGUUUGUAUGGAACUGCCUGGAUGAGUGUCGCUACAACUGUAUGUGGCGCACGGUGAAAGGAUUCCAGGAGAGAGGGUAUCAGAUACCAAAAUUUCAUGGCAAGUGGCCUUUUAAAAGGAUAUUUGGUGUGCAAGAACCGGCAUCAGCUUUCUCAUCUUUCCUGAACUUGGCAGUACAUGUCUACAUGCAUGUAGAGAUAACGCGUCUGUUCCCAGUGGAUGAUCGGCCUAUUGUCCUCUUCUGGCAUUUUUUUGCAGCGGUAUGCAUGAAUGCGUGGGUCUGGUCGAUGAUAUUCCACGUCAAGGACAACCCUUUCACUGAGUUCAUGGACUAUUCCUGCGCCCUGUCCAUGGUUAUGAUAAUGUACGCUGCCGCUAUAAUUAGGGUGUUCCACAAGAAGAGGAAAACCGCUGCCCUCAUACUGUUCGUGUCUCUUCUUUACUACAUUGCGCACGUGCGCUAUCUUUACUCUGAGAACGUCGACUACGACUACAACAUGAUGGUCAACGUGUUCUUCGGGACGGUGGGCUCGCUGAUCUGGACGGCGUGGGCGGGGCGCGAGUACCUGGCCGGACGAAGGUACACUUGGCGCGUGGGGGCCUUCGCGGUGCUGUCGGGCGCCGCCCUGGCGCUCGAGCUGCUCGACUUCCCGCCCAAGCUGGACGCGUGGGACGCGCACGCCCUCUGGCACCUCAGCACCGUGCCCCUGCCGCUGCUUUUCUACAGAUUCGUCAUAGACGAUCUGCAAUACACGCAAGGGAUGGAAAAAGGCGACCUCAAAUUGACU